AUGCAGUUCCUCAUCGUCGCCGCUUCUUUCCUCGCUGUUGCCACUGCCAUCCCGGCUUCCAACGGCAUCUCUGCCACCAACAUCCAGAGCGCUGCUGACAUCAACAACAUCGCCUCUGCCUGGGCCAAGGCCAAGGAAGAUGAUGGAUGCAGCUGGCUCGCUUGCAUCAGCUCCGUCGUUGGACAGAGCGCCACUUGCGCCGCUGCCGCUGCCGAGCUCGCUCUCAACCCCAUUGCCGAUGCUGCCUGUGUCGCUGGACUUGGCACCAUGACUGUUGCUUGCAAGCCUUGCGUCUAA